UCCUGGUCAGCAAAUGGACAAUCGGUCUGAUCCAUAAUCAAGGGUGAAAGCUCAAUCACCUGACGUCAGACGAUGGCCCGCAUUCCCCGGAUCAGCAACGCAACGCAUCAUUCUCAUUGGCGAACCCUCCGGAUGCCUUGGAUGGAAGAAAGCCUAGAAGUGGGAUUAUGAUCCUAGCAUGAUCGAUGAUGAAGGUCCAGUCGAGUCACUCGAUGACUAGAGCCAUGCUUGCCUUUCCCUUAUAACGCACCCAUCCCCUCAUCGGUCUCUUCAUCCAUCCAGUCAUCCAUCUCCCCAACCAGCGUUUCAUCCAAGCUAUCCAUCCACCACUCAUAUUCCUGAUCUACACAGUUAGAGUGAGAAACAAAAGAAAGAAAGAAAGAGAACGUUAUCAAGAAUCAGGAAAAGGAAAAAAGAAGAUGAACAAUCCCGGUGAUUCCUCCUCCCCCCCUCGCCACUGGCACGGGACUGUCGGGGACCGUUAUGAGCAUCACAAUGUCUGGGUGACGGGCGGUCCCCCCGGCCCAUAUCGACGACCCUCUUUCCUCGAGUCCUUCCCAAUCGACCGCUGGCCUUCCACCUCCUCCACAAUGUCUAGCAAUUCCAACAACUCGAACAACCCUGUCGACAGCCAAGCCAACCCUCCCACAGUUCAAGACAACAGACGCCGCUCCAGCGGUCAUGGCCCCUCGACGCUGUUCGAGAGUCUGACCAACCAGAAGCGCAAUUCCGGCGAUGCCAGCGCGACUGCCCGUCGGGCCAGCUACGCCGAGCAGGGUGCUAAGGGCGGCUACUUCUCCAAAAUGUGGGAUGAAUAUACCCGCGGUAAAUAGGGGUUUCUAUCUUAGUUUU